AUGAGAGAAGUUAUCUCCCUUAACGGUGGGCUUUCCCCCGCACUUCGCUCUUCCUCUGCUGUUCCCAGAAAAUUUAUUGAAGGAUAACCCCUGAAUUUUUCCGGAAGUCGGUUGCUGAUGAGAAAUUCAAUAUAGUCGGUCAAGCUGGUGUUCAGAUUGCCAAUUCAUGCUGGGAGGUAAGUACAUUGCAAUAUUUUCUUGAUUUUUUACCUUUUUCUGCAUUUUGAUAUUGCGAGUACUAAAUUUUAUGUGCUUUAUAGUUGUACUGCCUUGAGCAUGGUAUUCAGGUACAUGAAACUGCCCCAUAAUAUUAUCGUCACCUCCAAAUACUGGGGAUGCCGGAAGUUGGUGAAGCUUGUUCACAGAAGCUGACGGUACUUUCUUAGCCUGAUGGAUACCUCACCGAGGAACGCCAAAAAGGCCCCCAGGACACUGGAUUCAGCACUUUCUUCUCCGAGACUGGUAUGUUAGCAGCUGCUGGGUUCAAGGCAAUUAGAGGCCAAGUUUUAUGUGCCGGAAGGAAAUUUAUCUAACUGCUGCUGUCGUUACCAGGCCAGGGAAAAUACGUUCCACGCACAAUCUACGUCGACCUGGAGCCUAAUGUCGUUGAUGAAGUAAGGACGGGUACCUAUCGAAGUCUUUUCCACCCCGAGCAGAUGAUCACCGGAAAGGAAGAUGCUUCUAACAAUUGUAUGUUUAUUUUUGCGGGCCUGUUUUAGUAGCAACCACUAAUAUCACGUAAUAGAUGCCCGUGGUCACUACACUGUCGGGAAGGAGUUGAUUGAUCAAGUGCUAGACAAGAUUCGUCGUGUUGCUGGUUAGUGCAACUACUGACCCUGUUGAAGAACCCCGUUGACUGUUUUUUUUUAGAUAACUGCUCGGGACUACAAGGAUUCCUUGUGUUCCAUUCCUUCGGCGGUGGAACCGGGUCUGGCUUCGGCGCUUUGCUAAUGGAGCGUUUGUCUGUCGACUACGGCAAGAAGUGCAAACUUGAAUUUUCUGUUUACCCAGCUCCCCAAGUUUCCACUUCAGUCGUCGAGCCUUACAACUCUAUCUUGACAACUCAUACUACCCUUGAGCACUCAGAUUGUUCAUUUAUGGUGGAUAACGAAGCUAUUUAUGAUAUUUGUCGUCGAAACUUGGAUAUCGAGCGACCCAACUACGAGAAUUUGAAUAGGUUGAUUGCUCAAGGUAAAUGUGCUAAGUCUGAUUGUAUUAAGCAUUCGCUAACUCCUUGUAUAGUUGUCUCUAGCAUCACUGCCUCUCUCCGUUUCGACGGUUCCCUCAAUGUCGAUUUGAACGAGUUCCAGACGAAUCUUGUUCCUUACCCUCGUAUCCACUUCCCUCUGGUCUCAUAUGCUCCUGUUAUCUCAGCGGCCAGAGCCUCGCAUGAGGCCAAUUCUGUCCAGGAGAUUUCCAACUCUUGCUUUGAGCCUCACAACCAGAUGGUCAAGUGCGAUCCUCGUAACGGAAAGUACAUGGCUACUUGCCUGCUUUACCGUGGCGAUGUUGUGCCCAAGGAGGUUCACGCCGCUGUUGCCAGCAUUAAGACCAAGAGGACUAUUCAAUUCGUCGAUUGGUGCCCAACUGGCUUCAAGAUUGGCAUUUGCUACCAACCACCUCAAUUGGUUCCUAACGGCGACUUGGCCAAGGUCAAUCGGGCUGUGUAAGUCACAAAUCUUCGUCUAAUUUUCCAGCAUUGCCUAACAUGAUAUCUAGUUGCAUGUUGUCCAACACCACUGCUAUUGCUGAAGCCUGGAGCGCUUUGAGCAACAAAUUUGAUCUUAUGUAUAGCAAGCGUGCCUUCGUUCACUGGUACGUUGGUGAGGGUAUGGAGGAAGGUGAAUUCUCCGAGGCCAGAGAAGAUUUGGCUGCUCUUGGUAAGUUAAUCUCAUGAAUUUAUGCCGAAGUAACGUGAUAACUAACAAAAUUUACAGAGAGGGAUUACGAGGAAGUCGCCACAGACUCUCUUGGCGAGGACGCUGAGGAGGCCGAGUACUAAUCGACUCAAAUUCAUUGUGAGGGAGGGAAAGCUAGCUAGAGAAAAGGACGUGUGUUUAAACCUGGGUAGAGAAUUAAUACAUCCGGAUGAUAGGAAGGGGGGAGGGCCUCAUGCUGUUGUCGUUUGUUCCGAAAUGGAAAUUGUUCUGAAUCCCCCUACCUACUCUGGACUGUUGAUUCAAUUUCCCAGUCUAAAAGCGUGCUUCCUUUUGAUCAUUCUGUUUUUUAAGCCUACAUUCUUGUGCGUUCUUAUGAUUGUCUCUCUGCCUUGGGAAAAAAAUUGUGUGAGGUUUUCUUUUUGAGGUGCGGGGAUAUGUAUGACAUGUACUAUGUUAGUACCUUCUUUACAGUCUUUAAUUUGACGCAUUUUUUUUCCAUCG